AUGCCUCCCCCUCUUGGCCUCGCUGCCGUCGCCUAUGUCUCUCCUCAAAAUCAUCCCAUUCUCAUCCGAUCGCUCUCAAGUCAUCGCGAUGAGGCUGACCUGCUCAAGUACCAUUAUCUCGCUCACACGUCUCUCGAUGUGAUUGAAGAACGCAUUGCAGCGGCACCCAAGGGAGCAGACAGUUAUCUCGGGUUCUUAUACGCGAUGGAAGAGGUUGCGGUCUAUGGAUACAUCACUCCGCUCAAGGUCAAGAUCAUCCUUGCUCUCACCCUCUCGGACGCAAUUGUUCGAGAUUUGGAUGUCAUUGCGAUAUUCAAAGCUCUCCACCUUGCCUACUACCAAUCUGUAUCCAAUCCCUUCCUCAAACUUCAUUCAUCCCUCGAUGCGCCAAAUGACCAUGCGACGCUAUUGCACGCCGGAAGCUCGAAGUGGAAGUCUUUCCGGAGGCGCGUCGAUGAUGUUGCUAGAGCUGUGGCCCAAACUCCCAAUUGA